AUGGGUUCAACUAUUGAGGAGCGAAAUUUGCUAGCUGGCGUGCAGACUGGUGAAGCUCCAGGCUGCACGCUCAGCGACUUGCGUGUUCUGGUGCAGGAAACUGCGAUUAAGGGGGUUGGCUCAGGCAUCUCAAUUUACAAGGCCGCGACUCACUGGGAGCAGUGUAUGCUGCACGGCCUCGGAAUGCUGUUCGUCGGAGCGUCGGAGCCUUCCAGCUAUGUGUUCCCGCUAGUGCCGCACGCGGCGGCAUCGGAUUUGCCAGGGGAGAAGACCUACAGCCAAUACGAAGCUAUAAUCUACUGGGAGAACCUUGAAGAGAAAGCUGAACCAAGGAACGAGCCACCAACAAAGCGUGUGAGAGGAAGGCCCAACGUGUCCAAGUAUAUUAACGACGUCAUCACCAUGGUCUGCGAGCGCCAAGCCCAGGCCUCUGCCCCGCUGCCCCCGACGCUCACCGCAGGGCUGAGCAGCCACUCCUUGCGCCGCGGCUCCGCAGCGUAUGCAAACGCCUCACCGCAGCUUGCGAUCCAGUGGAUCUCGACCUGGGGAGCUUGGCUGCUGGACUCGCUCACGAAGGCGUUCGUGUACGUGGGUACCACGACACGCGAGGACCAGAGUGUCGGCAAAGUCCUCGCUGGAUACCGAGACCCGCACCUGCCAUGCGUCACGCCCACGAUUGCCACCUUGAGCGAGCUUCUUCCUGCGCUCGAGUACGCCCAGCUGCUAACCCUGCGCGGCCAGCUCUUCAAGAACGUCAGCGGCUUCACGGACACCACGCUCAACGUUGACGCCUUAGUCCUGGAUGCGGCGCUCGCGUCCCUGCUCAUCCAUCUUGACGACGUCGCGACGGCAGUCCAGCAGGAGCAGGCUGCCACAGGCUUCACAUCGCAUUACCUGUACCGCUUCCACGAAGCUCUGGACGCAACCAACGUAGCGCUGGGAGCUCGGCUCUCGCUGGACACGUGCAUUGGUUAG